AUGCGCUUCCAGACAAGCUUCCUCGUCUCGCUCCUCCUGACACUGCCCGUGUUUGGUAGUCUCGAGCCGCCUACCACGGCAGACGACGCCGAGCUAAUGGCGCUUGAGGCUCGUGCAGCGCGCAGUUUGAAGAAGCGGGCGACGAAUCCUCCGGCCAAGGCGCCGGUCAAAGCGCCCGCCCCAGCGCCAGCAAAAGCGCCGGUCAAAGCACCCGCCGCCGCGCCAGCCAAAGCGCCAGCCGCCGCGCCAGUAAAAGCGCCCGCCCAGGCGCCAGCAAAAGCGCCGGUAAAAGCGCCCGCACAAGCGCCCGCCAAAGCCCCAGCAAAGGCUCCAGCAAACGUCCCCGCGAAGGCACCGGCUCCGCCACCUGCCGCCAAAGCACCUUCCAAGGCACCUGCAAAGGCACCUACCAAGGCACCCGCGAAAGCGCCAGCCAAAGCAAAGAAGUCGUGCCAGGCACAGAUCACCAAGGCGUUGCAAGCACGCUAUGCUGAAUUCACGCUGAACCGUCACGAGGCGCGUGCGGGCCUAGCGCACCCUAGCGGGAAGGGCCGCGUCACGCUCUUCCACGGCACCGAUCCAAGCAAAGCCGCGUCCCUGACGGCCGGCGUGAACCUCGCGAAGACCGCUCCAACAGGCGACUUCAACCACAAGCCCGAGGUGCCCGGCGGUUUCUAUCUCACCGACAGUGUCAUUGCUGCAGCACAAUUUGCGUGCUGGGGCGCAGAACAAGGAGAACCGGCAAAAGUUGAUGUCUUCGAGUACGCCUGGGACGGAGUUGGUGCUGGAGUAUUCGAGUUUCCGGGCCAGACGCCAGACUGGCUAGAGUUUCUGUUCUAUAACAGCGAAGAGGAUACCACCAGGGAGAACGUUGACGACGAUUUCCGUGCCCAAGCCGUCGAGAUAUACAAGAACAAGGUGAUGAUCACCGGGCCGAUGAACGGCCAAGACGAUGAGCUCAUCACCAACGAGUUCCAGCAAUACGCUAUCAUCAAUCAAGCUGCGGUGACUUCGCGCCUCAGGCUGGUCGCGCGGCACCAGAACAUCGUCUGCAAGAACGUGCCCCAGGCGGAUGCGCUGACGACGACGCUGUACACCAAGGGCCAGGGGGGGAACCCCAGUUUCCAGAGCCUCCUUACGAAGCUUCAGAACCCGAACCUUGUGUCGGCGUUGGAGAGUUGUUGA